CGCGAGGAAAGUAAACACAACUCGCAAGAUGGCCUCGCUUUCCGUCGUGCGGUCUGCAAUUCUCGUGUUAUUUUCCAUACUUUUGACAGUCGUGUUGGGUUUCGGACUUCCAGCAUUUUUGAAUAUUGUUACCAGAAGUUUUGGCUUUCCUGACACGAAUGUGACCGAGUGCAUAGUUGUGAUAUAUUUAGUUUUUGUUGUGUAUGUCGCAACGCCUAGAAUACCAAGAGGAUCUAUUGAGGUGAACGGCAAGGCUGUCUUCAUAACUGGUUGUGAUAGUGGUUUUGGUCAUGCAUUGGCCACGCAUCUUCACAAGCUGGGCUUCACUGUCUUUGCAGGGUGCCUCUUAAAGGAUAAGGGGGGUGGGGGAGCUGAGGAGCUACAGGCUCUACACUCAGAUCGUAUGAAAGUAGUCCAGCUAGAUGUGUGCAGUGAUGAAUUGGUGAACCAAGCCGUGGACUAUGUCAAGGCUAACCUGGAGGACUCGGAAAGAGGUUUAUGGGCAGUGGUGAAUAACGCGGGUGUGUCGACCUUUGGAGAGGUGGAGUUCACCACCAUGGACACAUACAAGCAGGUUUCAGAGGUCAACCUGUGGGGCACCAUUAGGGUCACAAAGGCCCUUUUGCCUCUUAUCCGUAGGGCCAAGGGUCGUGUAGUAAAUCUGGCUAGUAUGUAUGGGAGGAUGGGCAAUGCUUUGCGCUCCCCCUACUGUGUGUCGAAGUAUGGAGUGGAGGCCUUCUCAGACUGCCUAAGGUACGAGAUGAAGUCCUGGGGCGUUAAAGUCUCCAUUAUCGAACCUGGCAACUUCAUUGUGGCCACUGGAAUCCUUACCCGUGAUAUUGUAGCAUCCACAGCAGACAAGCUAUGGAAGGAGGCCCCCCCUGUCGUCCAGGAGGACUAUGGAAAGCACCACUUUGAGCAGUAUAUGGCUCUGAUGCGCUCUUACUGCAACAGUGGACAGAAAGACAUGGCACCAGUUUUGGAUGACAUCACAGAUGCCAUUACAUCCAAACGCCCAUACACACGCUACAAUCCAAUGGAGGCCCAUUGGUGGAUAAGGAUGCAAGUUAUGACACACCUGCCUGCGGUGUUAUCUGACCGCCUCUACUUCUGAAGGAGAAACUAUCCUUUAAUUACCUAAAUUAAUUGUAAAAAAUACCCAUUAAAUAGGGUGUAAAAACUGAUCAAUUUCCAUGUAUCACGUAUUCUGCUCACAAUCCCAUUUUAUAUACUUUGCAUACUUUGUACGCUGAUAUUAUACUGACGAGGUAAUCCUUACAAUCACUUAAACUGUAGCCUUUGUACAAUAUAUUAUAUAAUAUGCGCAGUUAAAGUGUACUACUUGGAAUUUGUAAGGAGGAAACAAACAUUUCAACUGGAAAAUGAAUAAGAAUGGGUUGUUCACCCAAUUGAUUUAUCCAAAUCUAGUUUUUGUAACAACAUAACCAAACAAGUCAUUAUUGUUAGCAGUGAACAUGUGGAUAUGUUGUGGGACCGUUGGACCAAAGCUAAAGCUGAAGAGAGCGGAACUGCUGUGCUGUUUUUGAUCUUGUUGGAACCAGCAAAGUUUAACUACAGUAAGAUUAUCGAGAGACUUGGCUAGUUUUUCUCCGGCUUACAUAAUGAAAACACAGACUGGCUUUGUGCUCGCUGCCCUAUGAGAUUCUGGCAACUGCUGUUUCUGCAAGGUUCAUGCAAACAAUCAAAUGACUUGGUGAAUUCAAAAGUGUGUUGUGCAUUACCAUCAGUGUUGGGGAGUAACGGAAUAGGCCUACAUGUAGGCUACCGGUAGGCCUACCUAUUCAGAAUACAAAUAAUGAGUAACUAUUCCGUUACAGUUACAAUUUAAAUAGUUGAUAUUUAGAUUACAGUUACAUUGUUGAAAUCAAUUGAUUACAUUACGAUACUUCUGUUUCAUUUGUUUAUUCACUCUCUAAAUAAAUUAAAGCAACUCCAUGCAUUUCCCAAAA